AUGUCCAAGCGGUCUCAAACCUACUCGUUCCAGGCUGGAAAUCAACAUGUACUCAACGGUGCCCGCGACACUAGGAUAGGCAAGGCGGUCUUCAAUAAUGUUGGUCGCGAUCAGAAUUAUUUUACUGGGAACCCACUUUGGGAAGUGAUUGCAGACGUCGGAGCAUCUCAUGAUUCGGAACAACAGGUUGACCGCGGCCGUUGUCUUCCUGGAACUCGUAAAGCAGUCCUUGAACUGAUUCGACAAUGGAGAGUUUCGGGAUGCAGGGGUAUGCCGGUGUUUUGGCUUUCUGGCGCUGCGGGUGUAUGA